CAAGAAAACUGUCCAUAUAACCUUUGAUUUCAUUUUUCAUGUUAGUGUUUUAUAUUUUAUGAAUCAAUACUUCGACGAACCAACAUGGAUGUGUAAGACAAGUCAUGCAGUCCUUUGUUUUUUCAGGGACGCGUGAGGUGUUUCGUUUGGGUCCAAGAUCACAAGACUAAUGUGACAAACUUGUGUGUGCUGCACACUCUACUUCUUGCAAAUGGAAACAGCUGUUCUUGCUUGUAGAACUAGAGAAGUGGAGGAACUGCAGCAUCAAUAUACAGUUGCUGAACUAAUGACAGACCAGCAGAGCUAGAGUGUGACCAAAUCCCUAAGAUGAACGCAGAGCUGUGGGUGCAGUCGCCACGUCUGCUCAACCGCAAAAUCAACUUUCUGAGGUAUAACAAGCGGGUGGCGGAGGGGCAGUGGGCUGUGAUGGACGUGUCUGUCGACGGCAUCCUUGGACUGCUAGCAGGUAGCCGCACCAUUGAUGCCGCCGCCGUUGCAAACAACACAACAGGCUGUAGGCUGCUGCUGUCCGGCUGCCUCAUUGAGGACAUGGGCAAGGGAAAUGGCUACUGCAAGAUCACAUGGGUUGUCCACGCGGAGUAUGACGAGACCGUGGUGCCAACAUUGUUCGGGCCACUGCUCCGCUCCGGUAAGACUUUCGGCACGCACUGCUGGCUCGCGUCGUUGCAGAGGCAGUACGAGUACCUCGCUGUUCUGCACUCCAGCCAGGUCCCAAGAGGCGACAACGACAACAACACAGGGACGCGUGAGGUGUUUCGUUUGGGUCCAAGAUCACAAGACUAAUGUGACAAACUUGUGUGUGCUGCACACUCUACUUCUUGCAAAUGGAAACAGCUGUUCUUGCUUGUAGAACUAGAGAAGUGGAGGAACUGCAGCAUCAAUAUACAGUUGCUGAACUAAUGACAGACCAGCAGAGCUAGAGUGUGACCAAAUCCCUAAGAUGAACGCAAAGCUGUGGGUGCAGUCGCCACGUCUGCUCAACCGCAAAAUCAACUUUCUGAGGUAUAACAAGCGGGUGGCGGAGGGGCAGUGGGCUGUGGUGGACGUGUCUGUCGACGGCAUCCUUGGACCGCCAGCAGGUAGCCGCACCACUGAUGCCGCUGCCGUUGCAAACAACACAACAGGCUGCAGGCUGCUGCUGUCCGGCUGCCUCAUUGAGGACAUGGGCAAGGGAAAUGGCUACUGCAAGAUCACAAGGGUUGUCCAUGCGGAGUAUGACGAGACCAUGGUGCCAACAUUGUUCAGGCCACUGCUCCGCUCCGGUAAUGCUUUCGGCGCGCAACGCUGGCUCGCGUCGCUGCAGAGGCAGUACGAGUACCUCGCUGUUCUGCACUCCAGCCAGGUCCCAAGAGGCGACAACGACAACAACACAGGGACGCGUGAGGUGUUUCGUUUGGGUCCAAGAUCACAAGACUAAUGUGACAAACUUGUGUGUGCUGCACACUCUACUUCUUGCAAA